UAUUGUGGUUAUUUGAUGACUGAUGUCCAGUUUCAUGGGGGAAAAAAACCCAAAAUUAAACAAUGAAAAUGGCACUGCACUGAAGGAAACCGCACGUGAGCAUGCAGUACAAUAAAAUGACAUACUGCAAUGCAUUGGUGUGGUUAUGCAGAGGUAAAAAUUUUGUCAUUUGGUAAAAAAUCAUGAAAGAAGACAAAUAUGCUUAUACUGCCUAAUCACCAAUUAAAACCAAAGCAUACCUAGCUACAUUCACUAUUUGAUUAAUAUAUACGUUGUCCUAAUUAUUUGUGUAUUGUUUCAUGUUUCAUUGAUGCAAAAAAUAAAUUGCUAGCAGUAAAAAUGGCCGACCCAUACAUUAAUCAAACCAAUGGGAAAAGGCCCAGUGGUCUGACAUGAACUUCUUGCCUGCAUCCAUCCUGAUAAAAUAUUUACAGCUCUUUCAAACAGACACAAUACUUUUGACGGUAAUUGGCAUUUAGAACAGCUGACAGUUUAACAGUUUGGCGUGAUCUUUCAUUUGCAUGUUUUAAAAUGAACUAAUGUGGUGCAUUGAAGAUGAAGACGUGCAGUAAAUUAUGAAGUACACACGUAUUAUAUAUAUAUAUAUAUAUAUAUAUAUAUAUAUGUAAACACACACAUACUUCUGUUGAUUUUGUUCGUUAUAAAAACUAGAUCCUAAAGUAAGGAUGAAUAACGCAUUGAUGUUCUGUAAUAAAAGCACUGAUAUAUUAGAAAAGCAUUUCCCCUCAAGUCCCCUAAUUGCACUUUUUUUUGCCCCUAAAUCUCCCCCCUGAUACCUGUCCUUAAAUACACAGCAGCCAACGACUGACCAGCUGCCAGAGUCUGGAGUUUGGCAGGCCAGGAGCAGACUCCAGCAGCUGUAUUGAUUGGCUUGUCUGUGCGGAGACAGAUGAAUGCAUUAGUACCCAACUCGCCCUGCCACUGAAAAUAUAUUAACUCCCCGUAUUAGGCACCCUGUCUCGUUACCAUGGCGACACAGAGAGAGAGGGGGGGGGAGGGGGGGAAGGCGGAGGGUGGCGGCGAUGCCGGGCGAGUUGAGGCGGUGGGGUUUGAUUGGUAGUCUCUCUCCAUCGGUCUACCCGUCUCUCACCUUUUUUCUUGCCUUUUCUCCUUCUCACCUCACUGACACCUUUUUUUUUUUUUUUUGGAAAAAAUGUUCUCUUAAACCGUUCCUGACUGUUUUGUUUUUGUUCGUUUUUUUUUUUUUUUUUUUUGCUUAGCCCACUUUGUCAUUUGGGCCACGCAUUGUUUUCCUCCUCACCCUCUUUCCCUCUCGUCUGUGUUCAGUUUUUAUUUCCUUUUUUCCUCCGGUCUUCACUGCCCUUCCCGCAAAGUCCGGUCUCCUCUAACGCCAUACUUUAUUCGGCUCCCUUCUUUUACGUUUUUCCCUUCUCUCUCCUUCUGCAUCCACCACUUUUCCCCUCGCUCUCUCCCUCCCUCCCUCCCUCCCUCCCUCUCUCUCUCCCUCUCUUGCUCCAUCUUUCUGUGCUGCAGUAAAAGAGGCGCAGUGUGGGAUCUUGGAGAGAGGGGGAGAGAGACAAUGAAAGCAAGGGAGAAAAAUGAUGGUGGGGAAAUGGAGGGGGGGAUUUUUAUUUUUUUUCCUUCCAUAGCUGAAAGUGUGUCUUUUGAGGGAAAUGCUUGAUUCAUGCCUGUCCCAGGUACCCAGAUGUAAUGCGCGGUGAUGUUGUUAACUAAACAUAUAUGAUUAAAUAACAAAAUAGAAGUUUUCUAUUUUUAAAAAAUCCCAACCCAGUUCAUUAAAAAAAAAAUCCCAACUCAGGACUCACCGAGAAAAGCUGCAAUAUAUUCUAUUUGUUUUUAUUUUGUUGUUAAUGUCUGAAUUUGUCACUAUCGUGCAGCAUAGUGUUGCUUUAAACAAGCUUUGUUUCAAAGGUGCAGCUUCGUAGUCAGCAGGAUUGUAGUGUAGAUGAGGACACUGCAUUACCCGAGCAACAGACUAAGUUCCAGCCAUCAACUGUAUUAGAACAUGGAAUCUUCUCGGCUAGCUAUGUUAUGAUGUCACAGACAUUCACGUUGCGUGGUCACGCAUUUGACCGAUAAUGUAAAUAUUUUGAAGAAAAACAAACAAGAGCUCUCUCUCCCCUUGCACUGUGCUCAGUUCAAUAUGAUUUGAAUUGAUUUGAUGGGGAAGUUAGCCAUUUGGGCAGUUUUGCUCAGCGUCUGUGUGGCUUGCUCGUCCGGUUGUUUCCAAUGCCUUGUCGAUGUUGACGACAGCCUUCGCUUGUGUUGGGGGCAUGUUCUCUCCAAAUAUGGUGUACGAAACAUGGACUCUUGUUUCCGAACGAUUGACCGGAUUUUCAACUAUGAACAGAAAGUGAUCCAGGCUGGCAGAGUCGGGGGAGGCUAUGACAGACAGCUCAGGAAUAUCAUGCACGCUGAGAUCAUGCCCCUCGUGGAGGAAUUUGAUGAGAAGUUAAAUGCAGAUUCCGUGUACGAGGAGAGGCUACAGGCGGCAGCGCAGCGCUUCAUCUCUGAGGCCUCCAAACUGCCCAGAGCUACCGGAUGCGUCCCACCUUGCGGUUUCCAGGUUUCAGGAGCUGUUUACGACUGUGUCACCUGCCUGUAUGACAGCUGUGAAUACCCUCUCGACUGUCCCAUGGUGGACCUCACGGUCGGGGAGAGCAACGGCACCGAGAUGCGAUGUGACGUCCGCUUUCCCUUGCCGACCGACAUGGAGGUCGUCUGGAGGUUCGCCCCUGAGGCCAGGACUCAGCAGGUGGAGCAGUUCGGGGUCGUGACGGUGGGGGAGGACUGCCUGUACUCCAUCCCCUCCGCCCGCGCCCACCACCAGGGCACGUACCAGUGCGAGAUCUUCUCCCAGCAGCGCUCCAUCGUCAGAACCUACCACCACCUCAAAGUGAUCCCCCAGGUCCUGGCCGCCCAGGCCGAGCUGCAGGGGGUAUUUGACACGGCUCUCCUUCCGGGGGGGCAGAUUCCGCCCCCGCCUGCCGGGCCGCCCGGUGACCUCGCCCCGACCCCGCCGUCUCCCAACCUGCCGCUCCUCCCGUCCCCUGCUCUCGUGGCUGCCUGUCUGACGGCUCUCCUGCUGCUGCUCUUCUUGUCCCUGGGGUUUAUGGUCUGGUGGAUGACAAUGACCAGAGAUGAAGCACCAAGAAUAGUACAAUUAUUCAUUUAAGACAUGAGUUGUUCAUAUCGCCGAUGACCGUGAUUACUUUUAAACAGUGUUUCCGCAUAUCGUCUGGUUUGUCUGGAGUGUUUGUGUUUCACCACUAGAGGGCGCCAAUGUAAAGGACAAGUCCGUGCAAAGUGAAAACCGUAUCUAUGAAUUUUAGAGUUACUCCCGCUACCUUUGCACCUUAACUGGCUAUCCUUCCCUGAGCAAUGUGAUGGCCAGUCACGUAUACAGUGCCCCCAUAUUAGCACAGUCAAGACUGGCACAGUCAGGAUUCAAUAACAGGUUGUGAGCUGUAUCACAACACUUGAUGCCAGUGCUUUUAGUUGAAUGGUCUGCCUGUGAGCAUACUCUAUAGAACGAUUUCACUGUCAUAAAAGAAUAAAAAUAUCACAUUACUUUGCAUUACAUUUAUUUUGCAGACGCUUUUAUCCAGAGCGACGUACAAUAAGUGCAUACCGAAGGUCAUUGGAACAACUACAAACACAGAUCCGAUGAGGUACAAUGCUCAUUUUCUAGUUAUUCAUAGCCAUGAACACAUUAAGUCCAGUUCACACAGUACACAUUACUCUGACCAAACCUACAAUGAGUCAAACUAGGAGGCAUGACAAGCCAAAGUUCUUGGUUACGUGAGAGCAAGUCAUGCCAAGUGAAAACAUAUUUUAGUUGAUGAUUGAAAUUGGCAUAUUGUCAUGUAAUUGCAUUUUUGGAGGACAUGUCCAGGCAAUUGAGAGGGUGUGCUCCACAUCAACAUGCACGGCAUUGAUUGCCUCAUGCUUUGUUUCACAAGUUUAAAACAGAAAUUUCACACCCUGAAACUGGCCAUUCAACCACUUUGUCCUUAACAACAAUGAGUAGCAUAUUAGAGCAGAGGUGGUCAGGAGGGCUGUAUCUUAAUUAAUUUAUUUAUUUAUUUAUUUUCAUGCAAACUUAUGGCCUUAAUUACAGAACGAGUCCUAAAACUCACACCAUCGCACAUUUUGGCUACAUUUCCUGAUAAGUACAUGAAUGACAGCCGAAGACUGUUCUUGUGUCCCUAUGUGAAACUCUUUACUGUGACCUAGGAGGUAUUUCAGGAAGCAGAAUUACUGAGUUACCUGGAUAACUGCACUGCGGAAAACCCAGAACAGCUCUUUUUACUUCAGUCAAUGUUCCAGAUUUGGGAGCAUUCCGGGUUUUACUUAGUGCAGCUAUUCAGCCAACUAGGUAAUCCUUCUUCGUGAAACAGGAGCCCAAUCUGGCCAUUGGUGGAAACAAAAACUUGCAUACAUGCAGGCCCUUCAGGACUGGACUUGCCCCAUGUAUUAGAGCCAAUAUUAAUCAAAUAUUCAUGGAAAUAUUUAUUUCAGGGGUGGACAAUUCCAUUCCUGGACGCUCUUGUUUCCACCAAUUCUGUUUUAAUUUAUGCGCUUAUCAAGCAAUGUAGCUAAAAUGUCAGAUGGCAUGUUAGGGCUGAAUAAGCAAUUAAGGCCAGAAUUGGCAUGAGAACCAGAAAUGGAUAUGACCAGCAUUGCCCACCUCUUUU